AUGGCUGCCGAACCACUGUUCAUGCGAGACCCGCCCCCAGGGGAGGAGCGCUGGGCGGCGGGCUCGCUAGCGGCGACGCAGCAAACCGCCGGAGCUGUGACUCUAGGGCUGGCAACGUUGGUCUAUGGCUUACGGAUGUAUUCGCGCCUGUACCUAACACGUCUAAGGCCUGGUUGGGACGACUAUCUUGCAGGCACCGCAAUGGUGUGUGGCUGGGGGUUUUAUGUUUGCACCAUGGGAAUGAUAGCGAACGGGGGCUGCGGCCGGAGCAUGUGGCAAGUGACGAUGAGCGAGUUUGAAGAGUUACUGAAGUGGACGCUCCCCGUAAACAUCUUUUACAUGCUCACGGCUGAUCUCGCAAAGCUGUCGCUCCUCGUCCUAUACUGGUCGCUGUCGCCAAAGCGGACCUACAGAGCCGUGGUCAAGAUGCUCAUCGUCGGCUUCAUCCUGUACGGUGCCAUCUACGCGUGCAUCAGCCUAUUUGGAUGUAUCCCCUUCCGUGCACACUGGGACUUGGCGGCGAUCCCGACUGCUCGCUGCGUCGACAAGUUCUCCUUCUUCCUUGCGGCCUCGGUCGCCAACGUCUUCAUGGACAUGGCCAUAUUGGUGGUCCCUUUGCAUAUCGUGAUACCCCUGCAGGUGUCGCGGAGGCAAAAGACGUCCCUGUUCUUUCUAUUCGGAACCGGUGGAUCCGUCAUUGUCAUAGCCUCUUAUUGCUGUUACUUGACCGUCAAGCUCUUUAGCAGCGACAAUUACACGCGCGGCCUAUCACACGAGCUAAGCUGGAUGUACGCAGAGCUGGCCGGGUGCGUCAUCUGCGCCUCGGCGAGCGCGCUCAAGCCUUUCUUCACCCGCUUCCUGCCGCAGCUGUUCGGCACCGCAUUCUCCCGCUCGGCUGGGUCGGGCGACGGCGGCACCGGACUGGAGCUUUCCAAGGGCGCCGGCGCCGGAGCCUCAAUGGGCAGCCGGGUUCAGAGAAAGACUCGGAGGCAGGUGAGCCAGGGGGCCAUCGAGCUAGAGUUGGGCAACGAUUCCGAGGAGAGGCUGGCGCAGGGCAGACGGGACGAUGGGGAUCGGAGACCCAGCGAGACCUUGAUCUCGGUCGAGUCGUCAAGUGCUCUUGGUCGCGCGCCCCAGCAUUUGUCCGACUGGGCCAUCGCCGGAGAUAUGUCCAAGAUCAACGUGAGCCGUCAAGUGACGCUGUCCUAUGAGGAUUCAGCCAGUGGAGGGCACAUAGUGUGAAUUUGGGAGAGCAUUGGUUGCAGCUGG